GAUUUACGUUUUACUACACGAGGAAUAUUUCCGGUGUUGUAAUUGACAUUGACAUAUAAGAAGAAAGCAGCUCACCGCAAGCACAUUUUAAGUGGUGAAAUGCACAGUCUACCGGGUAGUACUCUGUACAAGGGCAGUACCACGGGUCGCUUGGAACCUUGUCAAAAAGUUCAACAGGGUUCAGAAGAACUGUCCGCCAGGAAAGAGGAUAUAGCGAGAAAGGAAAACCAACAAAAACGUCACUACUUCUAUCAGAACGAGCUCCAAAACAUGGCGAGAGAAUUACCUGGUAAAUAUCAACAGAGGAUGUCGUAUGAUCUUCUGUCUGGCUUGGCUAAUUCCUUACUGGAUGGGACUGUCUUUGAAAUCGUCCGCAGUCUACAGGAAGUUCAGCAGCUGGAGGAAAGACAUCUGCACACACAAAGAGUCAAACUCAUCAAUGACCAUAAAGCACAAAGACACGAACUACAGAAGAGACACAAGGAGUUACUACAGAGCUGUCAAACAAAACCCCACAAUUUACCAAUAGUGGAGGUGCAGAUCGAGAGAGAGAAAGAGACAAUGGAGAGGAGAUGUGAGGAGGAAGUAAAGAAAAAAGACAUGAAAAUCAUCAUGGAGCUGGACCAGAAAACCAUGGACCAGCAGGUCAUGUUAGAGAAGGCGGGGGUCCCGGGGUUCUACGUCACCAACAAAAAUAUUGAUGUACGACUACAGAUGUACCUGCUGGAGUUCAUCAUCAGACUAGGACACAUGCAGCCUCCGUGAGGGUGGGGACAUGUUGUCAUUGUUGUAUUUAAUUUCCUGGAUUUUCUUAUUGACCUUAAAGGGCAGGGACAUGCUAAUGUUAUAUUUGAUCUGAAUUAAAUUUUGUUAUUGACCUGUAAGAGUGAGGACAUGCUGUAAGUGGUAAGUUUGAAUUCCUGGAUUCUGUUAUUGACCAGAUGAAUACAUUCUUUGUAAAAUUUGGUAUUCAAUAAUUAAUUUGACAGCUAUAUGCAUAUUUUUAAAGAAAAAUAAAACCGACUGUUUUUCUAACUGUCCAUGAAAUGACAACAAUAUACAUGUAUGACAUGUUAAUGAAAUGUACACAUUUAAUAUCUUAUUACUUGUAGAUAUAUUAAUAAUAAUGCAGAUUCAUUGAUUUAAUAUGUGAUAAUAAUUAUGACUGGAUAUUUAUGAAUUGGUGUGAAUUUAUUUGGUAUGACUGGAUUUAUUUGAAAUGAUGUCAAAUUAACCAUGUGUUUUACAAUCUAAAUGAGGGAAUAAAGAUAAAAUUCUUUUUAAAA